CAAAAUUUUAUUUAUUUAACAUAAUAAAUUGUCAUCAGCCAUGCGUAGUAGUACACGUGGCUUCUAGUCAAUGGACCUUUCAGUUGUUGUGGUCAAUUUCUAUCCUAAAUCUCAUCACAUCACAACCUCCCAAAUUAAUAAUAAUAAAAAAAAAAAAAAAGGAAAUCCAAAUCUUUUGACCCUUUCAUUCAUUUAUCGGAUCCUACCCUAUCCAUAGAUAACCAAAAUGGAUACUUUAUCAGGCUCCGUAUCCAGCUUGAAGAUCCCCACCGCCGCCGCCACCACCCUCCGCCACAAAUCUCAUCAACUCCACCACCAUUUCAACCACCAACAUCCAGCCGGCCACUUAAUAAUUUCUUCCAAACAACCAAACAAUUAUAAAACCAGUACUCCUGCUUUUACUCACAAUCACAACAACAACUUGUCUACUAGUAAUAAUCAGCUGCCAUUUCUGAAUAAUGCUUCGUCUUCACCAGUAGUAAAACAAUCUGCUGGUUCAAAAGCAGAAGAAUUCCACCAUAAAAAAGCCUCCACAGGGUACGCAGUAGCACUGUUAGACGCAGCACGUGCCCAAAACGUGCUUGAAUUGGCAAAAAAGGACGUGAAAAAGCUGUCGAAAUGGCUCUCCAACGAACAACUCAGCGGUAUAAUCGAAAACCCUAAUAUGGAAAAGAAAGAAAAGGGAGAAAUAUUGAAAGAGAUAAUGAAAAAGGGAAAGUUUAAUAACAAGCAUUUGGGGAAGUUGGUGAAGUUGUUGGUGGAGAAAAAUAAGGUGGAAAUGAUUACGGAUGUGCUGUUGGAGUUUCAGAGGAUGUACGAUGAACUGAGCAGUAAUGAUCAUCAAGUGGUUUUGAUUCCAGCUGGGAUGAAAUUAAUGGAGGAGAAUCAAAUAUUGGGAAUUGCGAAGAUUACUGGGGCUGACAAGGUUAUGGUGAUUACAUGUUGAAUAUCUCUGCAGAUCAACAACGUUACGUUACGUUUUUUAUUACGAAUUGAUGUCCGAAUACUAUUUAGUAAUAUUAAUGAUGAUGUUUCCUGUUUUAUCCAUGUAUUAAUAAUUAAUGAAUCAUCUGUACACAUUUUUCAGAUAUAUGUCUAAUGA